GCACAACAACAUCAACAACCGUAACAACAACAACAGCAAACAUCUCAUCCCCAGCCUGCCCGACUAGCAGGGAACAACAGCAGAACCCCGGCCAUGACGUCCGGAAAAGGUGCGCGGCGGCGCCCGACGCUGCGUGACGUGCCGCCCCCGCCCGGCGACCCGCCCAGCACGCCCAAGGUCAUCAAUGCGGCGCCCUCGCUCGAAAAGGCCCAGCUCUAUGGCAUCCCAGACCAGCGGCCCGCCUCGAAGCGCCUCAUGGGCUUCGCCGGCCGCUUCUUCAUCGAGACCAUCCCCGCCUGGCUCGCCGUCGGCGUCAUGCUCUCGCUCAUUUUCGGAGGCUGCUGUUCCAAUGUGUUUGCCCUCGAAGCAAUCAUCAAGGUCGAGCCCGCCAGUGGCACGCUCUUGACCUUUGUCCAGUUCCUCUUCGUGGCUGUGACGGGCUAUGUCUCCCAAUUUGAUGUGUCGCGGCCUCCGUUCUUCCUCAAGCCCAAUGUGGUUCCUCUGAGCCGCUGGCUCAUCAACAUUGUCUUGUUCUUCGCCAUAAACAUGCUCAACAAUCAUGCCUUCAGCUACGACAUAUCGGUACCUGUGCACAUCAUCCUCCGCUCUGGUGGCAGUAUCACGACCAUGAUCGCGGGCAGCUUGUGCGGCAAAAAGUAUUCGACCAUCCAGAUCGUGGCCGUCCUGCUCCUGACCGUCGGUGUCAUCCAGGCUGCCUGGUCAGACGCCCAGUCCAAGGACACCGCCGACAAGUCGUCAGGUGACGAUGCGGCCAGUUUUGGCAUGGGCCUGGCGAUUCUGUUUGUCGCUCAAGUAUUGUCGGCCAUCAUGGGCCUAUAUACCGAGGCGACUUACAAAAAGUACGGCCCGCAGUGGAAGGAAAAUCUCUUCUACUCUCAUCUUCUAUCGCUUCCAUUGUUCCUGCCUUUCACGUCUUCGCUCAUAUCGCAGUUCAAAAAGCUCGCCGCCAGUCCGCCUCUUGCAAAUCCUUUUCCGCCCGAGAUGUUGUCUCUUGAUGGACUCCCACAGCCGUUGCUGCAGUUGAUCAGCAAGGCGUAUUUGCCCAGUCAGCUCGCCUAUCUUGUUCUCAACGUCCUGACGCAGUACGCUUGCAUACGUGGAGUCAACCUCCUUGCAGCCACAUCGACUGCCUUGACCGUCACGAUUGUGCUCAACAUCCGCAAGCUUGUUAGUUUGCUUCUCAGCAUCUGGCUCUUUGGUAACCGUCUCGCAACCGGGACGCUGGUUGGGGCAGUAAUAGUCUUCUCCGCUGGUGGGUUGUACUCGCUUGAUUCUGGGGGCAAGCGGAAGUCUGUCGCUCCAGGAAAGAAGACAAGCUAGGAGAAAUGGCGCUCUUACUGAAUCGAGCACUACUGCCCCGGAUUAUGUAGCGAGAUGAGGAACAAAAGAGAGAACAGAAGAGCCUAGACAGAAUACAUCUGAGUCGUUGAGACGCUCAAUAUCAUGUCGAUCUCGCUGGGUGAAUCAGCUUCUGCCGUUGACCUCACAAAUGUCUAGACUUCUGAUAUCUGAGCCCUUGCUACCUCUGCUAAGUAUUCUCCGCAUCUGGAUCGUGGUAGCUCUGCAAUGCGGGCCUACGCCAGUUGCCUUCCUUGGACUAUCGAGUAGCAAGACCGCCAGGAACAUUGGGCCUCUGCAUCGUCGGCAGCCGUGCACAUUAUCCUGCGUUGUCCCCCCUGUUUCUGGAGCGGCACUUACAUAUACUG